CACUGCGCGCCUGAAGCGAAGCUGCUGCGAUGUCCCAGAGUGCGACCCGUCUCCUGGGAGGAAGCUCGCGGCCUGAGCGUGGAGUGGGUGAGAGUCUCACAGAUCAGUGUGCGAAGAACUCGCAGUCUAAGGGGGCGCGAGCUGGCCGGAAGACUAAAGUUGCCAUAUAAAGAAGUUCAGAACUGAAGAUAAACAUGGCAGAAGAAGAGGACUAUAUGUCUGAUUCUUUCAUUAAUGUGAAAGAAGACAUCAGACCUGGAUUGCCCAUGUUGAGGCGAGUCAGAGAGGCUCAUCAAAAAGAAGAAAAGCAUCUGGAGGCAAAUCUAAAAAAUAGACAGAAGAGUUUAAAAGAAGAAGAAAAAGAAAGACGUGAUAAUGUUUUGAAGAGUGCUUUGGGUAGUGAAAACAAGGGAUUUGCUUUGCUUCAAAAGAUGGGGUAUAAAAGUGGACAGGCUCUUGGCAAGAGUGGCAGUGGCAUUGUUGAACCCAUUCCUCUGAACAUCAAAACAGGAAGAAGUGGCAUUGGUCAUGAGACAUUAAUAAAACGGAAAGCAGAGGAAGAACUUGAAAAUUACCGAAGAAAAGUUCAUUUGAGAAACCAAGCUGAAGAAAAAGCUGCAGAUCAGUUUCGAUUACGACUCAAAAGUAAAAAAGAAGAACUGAAGUUAGAAGGUGAUCUUAGAAGAAGCCAGAGAGCCUGCCAUCAAUUAGACACACAGAAGGAUAUUCAGGUUCCCAGGGAGCCAUGGUACUGGUUCAUGCCAGAAAAAGAGGAAGAAGAUGAAGAAGAGAAAGGAGAGAAAGAACAGGAAGAAGAUGAAUAUGGUGGUGAAGAAUUAAGUGUACUGGAAAAAUUACAAAUUCUGACAAGAUAUUUAAGAGAAGAACAUCGGUAUUGUAUUUGGUGUGGAACAACCUAUGAAGGAGCAAAUGAGGUCACACGGUGAUCAUAGAGGAAUAAGAGAAGAGGGCCCAAGACAGAGCCUUUGAAGACAGCCAUGAAUAGUGAAAAUGACAUGGAUGACAGUCCAGCAAAGGAGAGAGAGAAGGAACAAUCAGAUAAGUAGAAGAGAGCCAGGAGAGAGCAAUAUCAGAAACACCUAGGGACGAGAGAGCGUCCAGGAGGAAAAUGAUCAACAGUGCCAAAUACUAUUGCAGAAAGGUCAAGAAGCAUGUGGAUUGAGAGAAGGCAACUUUGGAGAAGGCAGGUUCAGUUGAAUGAUGAGGUCAGAAGCCAGAUUGUAGGGAGUUAAGGAAAGAGUAAGAUGAAAGGAAGUGAAAGCACCUUGUGUAGAAGUUUUUCUCAGAGUUUAGCCACAAAGAAAAGCCAAGAUAUGGUACAUUAGCUAAAGAGGAUGGUGGGAUCAAGUGAGGAUUUUUUAAAUGAUGGGAAUGACAUGGGUAUGUUUGUGGUCAUUGGGGAAGGAGCCAGUAAAUAGGAAGAGAUUGAAAAUUAGAGUGAGAGGAUGAUAGUGGAGACAAUCUGCUGGAGAAGGGGACAUGGGACAGGAUCCAAGAGCUAAUUGUGGUAUUCUGCUACUGUAACUAAUUCCAGAUACCCAGUAUCUAUUUCUUGUUCCUUUAAACUAGUUUUUUGUUCCUUUUUUUUUAACCUUCAGUUUCUCUGAUACAUAUUUUACUACUGCAACCUUUUUAUAAGGCUAGUUAUAAU